AUGCAUUGGUUCUAAAAAUCAGAGAAAGAUAUCAGAAAUGAGAGAAUUUAAAAUGCUAUUCCAGAGGAAUAAUAUCGAAUGAUUAGGCAAUAGUAAAUGGGAUGAAGAAGGUACGAUUUAAUUUAGUUGUGUUCAAAGAAAUAAUAUAAUUAAGCUACAUACAUAUAGAUGUUUCACAAAAUCAAAUUAAUCUCCAUAAUCUGUAACUAUUUUUUUUCAUGGAUUAAAUGAACAUCUAGGAUUAUAUGCUCAUAUAGCUUAGGCAUUGAGUAAAUAAGCAAAUAGUGUUUGUGUAGGCUUUGAUUAUAGAGGAUUUGGUAGGAGCGAAGGUCUAAGAGGAUGGCUUGAAUCGAAAGAAUAACACAUAGAAGAUUGUACAAGAUUUAUUUUAUUAAUUAAAUAAUUGUAUCCUGGUGUUUAAUUGUUUUCAUUAGGAUAAUCAUUAGGUGGUUUAACAUCUUACAUUAUAGGCAUGAAUAAUCUUGUUCAUGGAACUAUCUUAAUCACUCCAGCACUUAUGGAUAAUUAUUAUAAUAGACCUUAUUUAAAAAAGCUUGCAAUAUUAUUAGGUAAAUUCAUACCUACUUGGUCACCCUUUCCUGCUUCAUUUCCAAAUGUUUCAAAGAAUCCAUAAAUUUUAGAUGAUCAUAUGAAAGAUCCAUUUAUUAAUUGGAAUGCUACUUUACCAGGAACAGCUAGAAAUUUAUUAAAAAUGAUGAGAGAAGCUCCUAAUACUUUUCAAUAUUAUCAUAAACCAUUCUUAGUUAUAUCAGGAGGAAUGGAUCAAGCUAUUGAUCCUGAUGUUGGACAUGAACUUAUCAAAUUAAGUCCUUCUAUUGAUAAAGAACUCAUUUAUUAUGAAAAUAUGUGGCAUGAUUGUAUAGCUGAAUAAGAAAUCCUUGAAAUUAUUCCCAAAAUUGUUGAAUGGAUUAAAAAAAGAUAAUGA